UUGGGGCUCGGUGAGAGGCCAUAGGGGCGUCACACAGGGCUGGUCUGAGCGUUUAUUAGCCCGGGGAUCCAGGCUCCAGGCUGCUUCUCACUGCAGCGGCGGAGGGCUGUCCGUCUACUUCGCCCAAACUUUCUGGAAACUCACUGAAGAGACCAGAAACGCACUGACAAAGUGUCGCAACUCGCUUCACUCCUAAUUGAAACAAUCUACUUUAAACCUUAACCACAGCCUGCAAAUUUACUUUUUUUUUAUUCGAAUAAGCCUCACGUUUGCGCACUUUUCUUUUUUUCUUUAUUUUUCCGCUUUUUUUUUCUUUUGAAGUUUAACUUGAGAUAAAGCCCUUCUCUGUUAUUUGAGCCCCAUAAUGGCUGUUUUAUCACUAGCUUUUCUGCUUGUAGGAUUUGUUUUGACUUCAGCUGAAAAGGCUGGUGACGUAGACAAAGAAGACCAGCUGAGAAGCCGGCUGAAGGAGUACGGCCUGGUGAUGCCCUUCAGCACCGACUCCCACGGACACUACCUGUCCCACCUGCUCUCGGCCACUCACAAGCAGCGCGUAAGGAGAGAGGCCUUCUCCUCUGAAUCAGAGCAGAAACUGUUCUUUAACAUCACAGCCUUUGGAAAGGAGUUCCAUCUGCGGCUGCGGCCUAAUGACAGGCUGGUGGCGCCCGGAGCGAUGGUGGAGUGGCACGACGAGGUUCAGGGAUUUGGAAACAUCAGCGACAGCUAUGGUGGAAACUCUACUGUUGGCGCCAACCAGACUGACACCACGGAGAGGAUACUCCAGCGGGAGCUGCUGAAGACAGACUGCACAUUUAUUGGUGACAUCACUGACGUCCCUGGAGCCACGGUUGCCAUUAACAACUGUGAUGGACUGGCUGGAAUGAUCCGCACCGACUCAGACGAGUACUUCAUUGAGCCGCUGGAGAAGGGCACUCAGGAGAUGGAGGAUAAAGGCAGGGUCCAUGUGGUGUACCGCAGGUCGGCACUUUUGCAGGCCUCCUCUAACAAUUUUGUGGACUACCACCUUAAAGAACCAGAUCUCAAUGUCCCCGGGACACUCGAUUCAUUAACACAGCAGGUUAACAAGACAGUCCACCGCCGCCGCCAUCGUAGAGAUGCUGGAGAAGGAGACUACAACAUUGAAGUCCUGCUGGGAGUUGACGACUCAGUAGUCCGGUUCCAUGGCAAGGAGCAUGUGCAGAAUUAUCUUCUGACUUUGAUGAAUAUCGUGAAUGAAAUUUACCACGAUGAGUCAUUGGGAGUUCAUAUCAACGUGGUGCUGGUGAGGAUGAUCAUGCUGGGUUAUGCCAAGUCCAUCAGCCUCAUUGAAAGAGGAAACCCAUCACGGAGUCUGGAGAAUGUUUGCCGCUGGGCUUUUGUGCAGCAGAAAAGCGACCCUGAUCAUGCUGAACACCACGACCACGCAAUUUUCCUCACUCGCCAAGGCUUUGGUCCCACCGGCAUGCAGGGUUACGCCCCUGUCACUGGAAUGUGCCACCCAGUUCGGAGCUGCACCCUGAACCAUGAAGAUGGUUUCUCUUCUGCUUUUGUUGUGGCUCAUGAGACCGGACACGUGCUGGGCAUGGAACAUGAUGGCCAAGGAAACCGCUGUGGGGAUGAGACCGCCAUGGGUAGCGUGAUGGCCCCUCUGGUGCAGGCAGCCUUCCAUCGAUACCAUUGGUCCAUGUGCAGCGGACAGGAGCUCAAGAGAUACAUCCACACUUAUGACUGUUUGCUGGAUGAUCCUUUUAAGCACGACUGGCCGCAGCUACCUGAGCUCCCUGGUAUCAACUACUCCAUGGAUGAGCAGUGUCGGUUUGACUUUGGAGUAGGCUAUAAGAUCUGCACCUCGUUCCGGACAUUUGAUCCAUGUAAACAGCUUUGGUGCAGUCACCCUGACAACCCUUAUUUCUGCAAAACCAAAAAAGGGCCACCUCUCGAUGGGACCGAAUGCGCUCCAGGAAAAUGGUGCUAUAAAGGUCACUGCAUGUGGAAAAACCCAAAUCAGCUGAAGCAGGAUGGUGCCUGGGGUUCCUGGAGUAAAUAUGGCUCCUGCUCACGGUCCUGUGGAACUGGGGUUCGCUUUCGAACACGUCAGUGUAACAACCCUGCACCCUCAAACGGCGGCCAGGACUGUCCUGGAGUCAACUACGAUUACCAGCUGUGCAACAUAAACGAGUGCCCGAAGCACUUUGAAGAUUUCCGAGCCCAACAAUGCCAGCUUCGCAACUCCAACUUUGAAUUCCAAAAUACCAAACACCACUGGCUCCCUUAUGAGCAUCCCGACGCUAAUAAAAGAUGCCACCUGUACUGUCAGUCGAAGGAGACCUCAGACGUGGCAUACAUGAAGCAGCUGGUGCAUGAUGGGACACGAUGCUCAUACAAAGAUGCCUACAGUAUCUGCGUGCGUGGAGAAUGCGUGAAGGUCGGCUGCGACAGAGAAAUCGGCUCCAACAAAGUUGAGGACAAAUGUGGUGUUUGUGGUGGAGACAACACCCACUGUAGAACCAUGAAAGGAACCUUCACCAGGACACCAAAGAAACCAGGAAAACAAUUGAGCAAGAGGGCCCAAAAUGACUCCCCUCUGGUGGAAAACUCAAUAUGGAAGACCAGAGGAGCCUUUUCUCUGCCUAAAGGAGCUCGAAAUGUGUUUUUAAAUGAGACAGAGGAGUCUAGAAAUGUGUUGGGUUACCUUAAGAUGUUUCAUAUUCCUCCUGGAGCUAGACACGUGAAGAUCCAGGAGCACGAGGCCAGCCCUCAAAGUCUUGCAAUCAAGAACCAGGCAACUGGACAUUACAUCCUUAACGGGAAAGGAGACCAGCUAAAGUCCAGGAGCUUCAUUGACCUUGGCGUGGAGUGGCACUACAUCAUUGAGGGAGAUGUGGAGACGCUGCACACUGAUGGACCUCUGCAUGACCCUGUGGUGGUUCUGAUUGUACCCAAGGACAAUGAAACCCGAUCCACUUUAAUGUACAAUUACAUCAUCCAUGAAGACUCUGUUCCAGUCAACAACAACAAUGUCAUUCAGGAUGAUACCUAUGAGUGGGCUCUGAAGAGCUGGUCGUCGUGUUCAAAGCCCUGCUCUGGAGGGUUUCAGUACACUAAGUAUGGGUGCAGAAAGAAAGGAGACACAAAGAUGGUUCAUCGAGGUUACUGCGAAACAAACAAGAAGCCAAAACCAAUCCGCAGAAUGUGCAACCUUCAGGACUGCUCUCAGCCUCGAUGGAUCUCCGAAGAUUGGGAGCAUUGUACCAAAACCUGCGGCUCCCUGGGUUUUCAGAUCCGGACAGUUCGCUGCGUACAGUCCCUCCACGAUGGCACCAACCGCUCCAUCCACAGCAAAUACUGCACUGGGGAGAAGCCAGAGAACCGAAGACCUUGUAAUCGAGUCCCGUGUCCUGCCCAGUGGAGGACUGGAAGCUGGUCGCAGUGCUCUGUGACAUGCGGUGAGGGUAUGGAAAGGCGUCUGGUAACCUGCCGGAUCGGAGAUCAAUGCUAUGGGGAUAAACCCGAGGCAGUGAGGCCAUGCAAAGCUGGACCAUGCAAUGAUGAGCCAUGUAGUGGAGACAAAUCAAUCUUCUGCCAAAUGGAGGUUUUAGCAAGAUACUGUUCUAUCCCAGGCUACAACAAACUGUGCUGCGAGUCAUGCAGUAAACGCACUGGAAGUUUGUCUCCGUUCUCUGAGGCAACUGGGACAGAGGGACAUGUCCGCUUCGGAUCAGCAUCUCAGUUACUGGAGACAUUGAUGGCCAACGCUACUCGUAGUGGCAAGCAAAGCUCAGGAAAAGGAGCUGCAAAACACAUCACAACCCCAGCUCCACAAACUAAAGUCAAACCAAAUAUCUCAACUGCACCACGGCGAGUUCCACGAGAUUUAAAUAUUACUCCAUCUUUUCUGAAAAACCAAGAGAGUCAAAGAUCUGUCCGCCUGAUCGGGAGUAGAUGGCCUACAUCAUAUUCUAAAGUUGAGAGAUGAAAAUAAAGCGGGUUUCCUUUAGGACUCCUCAUACCCAUCCUCAUUCCGAGUAUUCACACACCAAAUAUACCACAGAUUGAGAAACAGAUAGUAGGAAAGUGAAAAAAGUGCUGGUUCACUUUGAUUUUAUUGAUACCAACUCCCCUUUUUAUCCCUGAAAUAGACUUUAAAUAGUGCGCUCACAUGUCGUAGGUAGCUUCCAUAGUCUCUGAACUAAGAAAAGUGGAAAUAAAGGUUGAUAUGACCCUAAGGGAAUAUUGUUUUAAUUAAAUUACAAAGCUAAAUAGUUUAUGCAAAAUAGCCAAAAGAUGUUCCCCUUUGUAAGUCUGACUCCAACUUAAUAUUUUUUUCAUAACGAUUGCUGCUGUAUUUAUAAAAAUCAGUCUUGAAUUUUUGAAUGAGGUACUGAGGUUUUCUUUGUGGUCCCUUUAAGCAAUAAAAUGCCUGACAUGUUUAUGGAAGGCCCUUAAUUUCUGAUUGGUUUAUUUUAUGUCUGUACCAUAAGGAGUAAGACCUUUUGCCUGAGAAAUCAAGUUCAUGCAAUAAAAGCUUUAUUCUUGUUGACAACAUCAUUUGUUGGACGAGAACUGUAAGAAAAACUUGUGGUGAACUUGAAUCAGCACUUUGCCAUCCUUCAGUGUGUCUGGCUCCCCUCAAAACAUUUUAGUGCUCAAACAAUUAAAACAACCAUU